AUGGAUAAUGCGGCAGACCUUAGCUACCUGCAUACCCCGGCUGUUGAACCCUUCAACUGCACAACAGUUGUCAGGGUGGCUAGCGAGAAUGCUCGUUUACGUCCAGACCAGGAGAUAUUUAUUCAUCGCGAACUGGAUGGAUCACGUUUCAGUCUGACCAAUGCCAGUUUGUAUCAACAGGCUGCCCAUCUGGGGAGGUACUUAGUGUCACAAGGAAUUAAGAAAGGCGACAUAGUGGCCAUCGUGGGUCCGAACACCCUCGAGAUGGUUGUAGGAAUGUUAGGAAUCCUUACAGCUGGGGCUGUUGUCUUGAAUUGCACCAUUAACAUGAAAACAGCCCUAGAUGUGAAGAAUCUGUUUCAGCUCACCGACGCAAAGUGUAUUUUAGUGGACCCUGGAAAGAACAACUCUCUUCUGGAUCCUGUGAAGGCAAUGCUUGAUAUUUGCAAUGUGCAAAAGGAUGACAGGAAAGAAGAUGGUCUGAUUAAGGUGAUCUUUCUCCACAAAACUGAUGUGGAGGGUUUCACGAUGACGGACACCCUCCAUACAAUACUAUCACAGGAUAUGAAAAAGGUUGACCUUCCAAUUACUUAUCCAGACGAUCCUGCUAUAAUGUUCACAACGUCCGGAAGCACAGGGUUUCCAAAAAUGGUUCUCCAUUCCCAUUUCAGCGUUUCGAGUUACCCCUUCUCUUGGACCCCUACUUCGGUGGAUUAUGAAAUCAUAAUGUACAACGACCGUCCGUUCAGUUGGGGUGGAGGAUCUCCCAUCCAAAAUAUUCUCAGGAGCAUGACAAGGGUUUUUAUGGAUGUAGCGAUAACCAUGAGCGGCAAGAAUGCAGAUUUUCUUUGGCAAGUGGUAAAAGAAGAACGAUGUACGGAUGCCCUAUUCUUCACUUAUAUAAUGCAGGACCUCCUCGGGUUACCACCGACUGUCACAGAAGAUGGCUUCAGACUCCAACAUGUAGGUACUGGAGGACAAAUUAUUGAUGAUUUCUAUACACAAAUCACAAACCGAUUCUGUCACUCACUCAUAGUUGUGUACGGAACGACGGAAUGCAUCCCUGUCGCCUGGAACGGACCCGUGACGCAAGGCGACAAUCUACCAGCUGGAGACGUUGGACGACCAUAUUAUGGUGUGGAAAUACGGGUAGUCGACGCUCAAGGGACAACUAUGCCCUUGGAAACCGUGGGUAAGGUUCAGGUCCGCUCACCGUACUCGAUGGAAUGUUACUUUGGCAACGAAAAGUUGACAAAGGUAUACAUUUAUUGA